AUGCCUAUGUCUUCUCUUCCCACAGCUAUUUUAUCUCAUAUGAAGAUUAUUACGAAUGUGCCACCUCCUUCACUUCGCAGUAUACCUCGCUUGAAGGCCUCCAAAAUCAUUGAUUAUGGUCAGUUAAAUGAAUUAUGCCACAUGAGAGGACUAGAAUACAAGAGUUUUCACAUUAUUCUAUCAGCUCAUGAAGAGUUCAUUAGUCAGUAUCCUAAGAUAUUUGUGAAGAAAGAAACAAAACUUAAACCCAAAGAAAGAAAAACUCAGCCCCCGGAAUCAGAAGAAACCCACAAUAUAGCAGUCUAUCUUAAAAAGGUGCAUGGCAAUCGCAAUUUAUACCGACAAGAGGCUUUUGAAGAAAGCAUCAGAAAACUACUGACAAUCUUAAAGAAAUCGCCCACUCAAAGGACAAAGCAAGAACACAAUAUUGUGUGGAAGAUGUUGAAGACAAUUCCAGAUUUAACUGAAAAGAUAAAUUCUGAGCAAUUGAAAUCCCUUAGUAUGAACAUUUUUUCAGAAACCUGGAUAAAAGGUAGCACAGUAUUUGGAAAUGAUGGAUUUUAUGUUAUACUGAAAGGCCUGGCUCGACUGCAAAAAGAUCCCUAUAAACAUUUGGUUGAAGACAUUAAGUCAGCAACUUCUUUAAUGUCUUCAAAUUGCUACAGCUUUGUUUACAAUCAAGACUUCAAAAAUACUUCAAUUACUGACUUGUGCGUAUCUUCAAAAUGCUUAAAGCUCAAACAAUGGAGUACCUUUGGAACUCUUGAAAUUACACCAGGCAUUCAAUCAGACAAAAUAGCAUAUGCAGUGGUCACUGAAGAAGAUUGUGAAAUAAUUAAAAUUCCUGCAAAACAAUAUGAAAAUUUAAAAUUGGAAAUGAUGAAACAUGAUAUUGCAAAAAAAGAAAACUUAAUUAGUAAGUGUCCAUGUUAUGUGGAAUUGCCUACUGUCUCCAUAAGUAAGUUAGCUACAUUCAUUAAGUGGAAAAAGUUUUCUCCAGGUCAUGUGAUAGCUGAAAGCGGAAGUAUAAUUACUUUUGUAGCCUUUAUUAACUCUGGAUAUUGUGAAAUUUAUAGAAAUAUUAUAGCAUUUGUGAAUCUACACACCAAAAUGAAAAAAGUUCGAAAACUUGUUUAUAUGGGUACACUUAAUGAGAAAGAGUCCUUCGGUGAAAUUAGUGUUCUUCUUCAAGUUCCUUUUGCAUGCACACUCAUUGCUGGAAGUGAAGUUGAGUUGGCAAUCAUUGAAGAUAAGAACAUAUUUGCAUUAGAUACAUUUACCCAACAAUAUAUGCUCAAAAACACUAGACCAACUUCUGGACAUCUGACAGAUGAGGAUGUAAGAAAUGAGUAUGUGGAAAAAGAGAAAAAAAGAGAAUGGGAGACAUUCAAGAGAAACACCAUGAAAGAAAUAUUUCGUAGUAAUGGAAUUAUCCCAGACUUUGGAAAAUGGACACAUAACUGGGCAAGCAUUCCUAGAAACCUCAAGACAUCUUUAAUAAAUUAA